AUGAAAGGAUUAUCAAGCAGCCGUAGCCAUCAUCAUGGGGUUGUAUGUGACUCAGUAUGUGAGAACCUCCCUCACCAUACAGAUAGAAAGCCAUAUUUGCUGAACCCAGUAGAUCCUCAUCCUGCGGAUCACCCUUACUAUGCUCAAAGGAACUCCUACCCAGUAGAAUGCAUAAUGCCCUAUGGGGAUCAGCUUGCCAGUAGUACAUUUCCAAGGAGACAUUACAGUUCCCACCAUGAGCUUAAAGAUGAGUGCGCUCUUGUACCCCAUGGGACUGUUGGAAAAGGUAACAGGCUUCCAACCAACCUCUUGGAUCACUUUGAAAGACAGAUUCCUAUCAAUCGAGAUGGAUAUCACACCUUGCAAUACAAAAGGAGUGCAGUGGAACACCGCAGUGACAGUCCUGGUAGGAUACGACAUUUGGUUCAUUCUGUUCAGAAACUAUUCACAAAAUCACAUUCUCUUGAAGGACCAACGAAAGGAAAUUCUAAUGGAAAUAAAGCAAGUCCAGAAGAAAUGCAAACUGUGAGGUAUGGAAAGAGAAGUAAAAGCAAAGAGAGGAGAGCUGAACUGAAACCGAGAACAAAUAUUUCAGGGUGGUGGGGUUCACAGGAUAACUUGGACAAUGAUGUUUGCAUGUACCAUGGUCCCACUGCUGUCAUGACUAUGGGGAGAUGUCCGGACCGCUCCGCUUCUCAGUACUUUAUGGAAGCAUAUAAUUCAAUUAAUGAGCAUGCAUUAAAAUCAUCAAGAAGCAAUAAUGAUGUGAAAUGCAACACAUGUACGAACUUACCUGUGAGUUUACCUGUAAGUUUGGACAGCCAGAUGUUAAAGAAAAGUUCUUGGGCAUCCACACUCACAGUAAGCAGGGCACGGGAAGUUUACCAGAAACCUGCAAUAAAUAUGGACCAAGCAUUGGUGAAGUCUGACUCCUGUCAACAAGAAAGGCCAUGCCAGUACCUGCAGGUUCCACAAGAUGAAUGGAGUGGUUAUACCCCUAAUAGCAAAGAGGAGAUUCCAUGUCGAAGAAUGCGCAGUGGCAGCUACAUCAAAGCCAUGGGAGAUGAUGACAGCGGGGACUCCGACACAAACAGCCCAAAGCCAUCUCCAAAGAUUGCAGCACGAAGAGAAAGCUAUCUUAAGGCUACCCAGCCGUCACUCACAGAACUCACUACUCUCAAAAUCUCAAAUGAACACUCUCCAAAACUUCAAAUUCGAAGCCACAGUUACUUAAGGGCAGUGAGUGAAGUUUCCAUUAAUAGGAGUAUGGACAGCCUUGACCCAUCAACCCUCCUUACAUCUCCAAAAUUCCGGUCUAGAAAUGAGAGCUACAUGAGAGCCAUGAGCACAAUUAGUCAGGUUAGUGAAAUGGAAGUCAAUGGGCAGUUUGAAUCAGUAUGUGAGUCCGUUUUUAGUGAGCUGGAAUCUCAGGCAGUGGAGGCACUGGAUCUUCCAAUGCCUGGCUGUUUUCGAAUGAGAAGCCACAGCUACGUUAGAGCAAUCGAGAAGGGAUGUUCUCAAGAUGAUGACAGUGUGCUGCUAAGACCAUCAUCACCUCCACGCACAACAACUACAGUGAGGACAAUCCAGAGCAGCACCGUAUCUUCAUGUAUUACCACGUAUAAAAAGACACCUCCUCCAGUACCACCCCGGACAACAACAAAACCUUUCAUUUCCAUCACUGCUCAGAGUAGCACAGAAUCUGCCCAAGAUGCCUACAUGGAUGGACAUGGACAAAGAGGGGAUAUGAUUAGUCAGUCAGGGCUCAGUAAUUCUACUGAGAGUCUGGACAGUAUGAAAGCACUUACCGCUGCCAUUGAAGCUGCCAACGCUCAGAUUCAUGGCCCAGCAAGCCAGCACAUGGACAACACCAUGACAGUAAACUCUACUUCAACUGUUUCCACCAUCGCAGAUGACAGGAAAAAGAAUCUGUUCAGGAAAAACCUGUCCAUUGGAAUACAGGUUGAUGGGCCAGAAGAAGCUGCUACCGCAGAGCAGAGAGAGGCAGCCUACAGAUAUCAGUCAGUAGGAAUUCAAGUAGAAGGAGAGAGAGCGUUGCGAAGACUGACCCGGUCAAACAGUGUUACUGCUGCUGUGCAAGCAGAUUUGGACCUCAGGGAGCAUUUUGAUUGUUCUGUGGAGCUGGCUGACCAGGAAUUUCAAUAUAGUCGGCCUUUGACCAAACAGUAUUCCAGAGAUGCAUGUACCUCCACUGUCAGCAUCCAGGGCUCAGGCAAUCAUUAUCAUGCCUGUGCAGUGGAGGAGGACUUUGAUGCUGAUUUUGACCCUUCCAUACUACCUCCUCCAGACCCUUGGAUUGACUCCAUUACAGAAGAUCCCCUGGAAGCAGUUCACAGAUCAGUUUGUCAUAGAGAUGGACAUUGGUUUUUAAAGCUUCUUCAAGCAGAAAAAGACAGAAUGGAGGGUUGGUGCCAACAGAUGGAAAGAGAGGAACAGGAAAAUGAUCUGCCUGAUCCUAUCUUAGAGAAGAUUCGUAGUGCGGUCGGCUGCGCCCAGCUCCUGAUGUCACAGAAAUUCUACCAGUUUAGAGAGCUGUGCGAGGAAAACCUGAACCCCAAUGCACAUCCAAGACCUACUUCUCAGGAUUUAGCUGGGUUCUGGGAUAUGCUACAGCUGUCAAUAGAGAACAUCAGUAUGAAAUUUGAUGAACUUCAUCAGUUGAAGGCCAAUAACUGGAAACAGAUGGACUCUAAUGAUAAAAAGGAGAGAAGGGUCCCUCCUCCCGUGCCAAAGAAGCCAUCGAAAGGUCAGGCCCCACUGGUCCGGGACAGAUCUCUGGAAAGCACAGAGAGACAGCGGCAUGAGGCCCGGAAGCGGCUGAUGUCUGCAAAGCGUGCUGCGUCUGUCCGACAGAAUUCAGCUACCGAGAGUGCGGAUAGCAUUGAGAUCUACAUCCCAGAGGCUCAAACCAGGCUAUGA